CGAUGAAAGCCAAAUUUCAUAAGCCUCAAGGCUUUCAAGAGACAACAACUAAGAACACAACCUUAAAAGACAAGGUUGGCGAAAAUAAAAAUAUUGAGGAAAGAAUAAAGGAUACGAAAAAUAACAGAAGCGUCGCGGAAGCUCUGCGUACAAAACUAAAGUCUGCUGGUCAAGCUACCAAAACUACCACAAGUGCUGUUACUGAGGAAAGGCAACUUGUUCGUGAAUCUAACGUUGAAAAUAACUCCGAAAGUGAAGAAGAUUCGCGUCACAAGAAUCAUAAGAGAUUGAAUGAAGAACUCUACAGAAUGUUAAGGGAGGAAAGAGUGUGUUCCACUUCGAACAAGGAAAUUUUGGCGCGUUAUGCCUCUCAAGAAAAACUUAUAAAGGGUCUCGAAGAAUCGGAGACUGAAGAUAUCAUAGCGGAAACUUAUGUCUCAGAGAAUUCCACGAAGGCUAAACGGUCCAAGUUCAAUACUACGAAGCAGUUGGAGAGAAACAAUUUGGCCUCCUCUCGAGUCUUGCAUAAUGAGUCAUUCGAGCGAACACUAGAACAAUGCCGUUUCUGUUUCGAAAAUCUUGCUCACUUCCAGUUGAAACAUCUUCUCAUCUCUUUUGGAAACUUUACUUAUUUGUCUCUUGUUCGUGAAGGCUCGUUGGUGAAGGGUCAUUGUUUUAUUUCCACAACGACUCAUCACGUUUCUAGUCGACAGCUAAGUGAGGAAAUCUUCGAAGAAGUUGUGAACUUUAAAAAAUCAUUGUAUCAAAUGUUCUUUGAAACAGAGAAGAAGGAAGUGAUUUUCUUCGAAACUUGCAAAGACUUGCAACGUCAAAAACAACAUCUUGUAAUUGAUUGUGUUCCACUUUCGAGAGCAGAUGCCAGUGAAUGUCCAGCCUUUUUUAAAAAGGCUAUAUUAGAGAGUGAAAGCGAGUGGAGCGAUAAUAAAAAGUUAAUCGAAACAGAAGGUUGGCAUGGUCUGAGAAACCGUAUUCCAGAAAAUUUUCCUUACUUUUAUGUACAGUUUGGAUCGUCUGGAGGUUAUUGCCAUGUCAUUGAGGACGAACGGAGUUUUCCUUGGAACUUUGGAAGACAAGUCGUUGCAGGAAUUCUGAAAAUGGACCCUCCAUCCUCUCGAAUGGCACUAGCGUCAUCCUAUACAAUGGAACAAGAUAUGGAAAGACUCAAAUGGUUUCUAACAAGAUACGAGUCUUAUGAUUGGACUAGACUUUUGGAUGAAUCACAUUGAGUGAUAUUUCAUUGUGAUAUUCAUGUUGAGUGUUCUUUUCAUUGUCAAGAGAAGUCGAGGAUUACAAGUGACAGUAGGAGCUUGUCGAAUGCCAACUUUUUGAUAAAGUUUGUUUUCGCAUU